GAAUCCAAGACAGGCCAGUAGCCGCUUAGCGCUGUACCAGACCGGUCAGAGGUUAUAACCAUGCGGUAACGUGCAUUUCGGAAAUCAUGUCGACAACAGAGAAAGCGCUGCAAGUUCUGCGGUAUCUGCCUCGUGUGAAAAUAUCUAAUCUUCGUGACACGCCUGGCAGCAACUAUGUAACCAAGAGUAUGCUGACAAGAGGGCCGCGGCAGCGCCCAUUCUGGAAGAAAGAUGGUGCAAAACACCACAUGAGCUGGCCCCGCCUAGGCUUCGAAGGAGGUCAAACGCCGUUUUAUCUGAAGAUCCCUAUGGAAAACUACAACGAAAAGCAUUUCCUUCGCCGUCAGUACCCUCCGUUGUCUCUGAAGCAGCUGCAGCUCUUUAUCGAUCUCGGACGCGUCGAUAUUACGCGGCCCAUAGACCUCGCUGCCCUGUGCAACACGAAGCUGUAUUUCUUGGACCCCCGCGACCGCCACUUCGGCGUCCACUUGACUUCCGAAGGCAUGGAUGAUUUCAAAGCCAAAGUGAACAUUGAGGUUCAGCAUGCCAGAGAGCCUGUAAUUGCUGCCAUUGAGCGCAACGGAGGCACCAUCACCACAGCCUACUUCGACAUACAAAGUGUCACUGCCCUCAUGAAUCCUGAAAAGUUCUUCAAAGAAGGUCGCCCCAUCCCAAAGCGCCAACUGCCACCAGAGGAUGCCAUUCGUUAUUACAGCGACCCAGAAUUUCGUGGCUACCUGGCUGAUCCACAGGACGUGGCCAAGCACCGGUUUCUCCUGGCGCAGAAGUAUGGCUACGAGCUGCCAGACUUGGAGAGAGAUCCCGAUCAUGAGAUGUUGAAAGAGCGAAAGGACCCACGUCAGGUUUUCUAUGGGCUUCAACCAGGCUGGGUCAUAAACCUGAGAGAUAAGGUUAUUCUAAGGCCAACUGACCCAGAGUACAAGAAAUACUACAAUAUCUGAGUGCCAAGUGUAGCGCGUUAUGGCUUUUUAAAUGCUACCUAGGCACAAAAAUUUCUGAGCCAUGUGUAGAGAUGCCUAUUCAUUGUCACCUUCAUAUCACAUUAUUAUUGCAGUAAAUAUGCCUUAGAUGUCCUUUCUUCCUUUUAAUGAGUAUAAAAAGAAAUCUAAGAUGUAUGGUUGCAUCUCUAGGAAGCCUUUGCCUGAACCUGUUGAUUUCAGUAUAAAAUGGUGUUGCACUUUUCUGUGUAUACUGGCUGGUCUCACUAUUAAGCUUGUAAUUUCAUGCGCGCUUUCUUCUGCCAGGCUACUGUUGUUAAUGUCAAGAGCAGUACCAAUAAAGCAAUACUUGCUAUUUUUGUUUAA